AUGGGAUACACCUUUGGUCAUAUUUCUGGCUGCCACAUGAAUCCUGCAGUCACAAUUGGCUUCGCAGCUGCUAAACUAUUUCCAUGGAAACAGAUACCAUUUUAUGUGAUGGCUCAGGUGACGGGAGCGACUCUGGCUUGUCUGGUGGUGUAUGGGCUUUUUGAUGGAGAAGAUGCUGGCGCAAUGCUGACAUUGCCUGGAGGGACGAAGCCUGUUGGUAAUCUCCAGGCAGUGGGAUGGGAGAUCAUUAUCUCUGCUAUUCUUAUGCUUGCUAUUCGUGGUGCUGGAACGGAUCCAAGAGCGUCUAAGGAAGUUGGGGGAAUAGCUGUAGCAGCUGUGCUCUUCUGCAACAUCAUUGCUGCUGGGUAA